AUGGAUAUUGAAUUUUCUCCUUUGAAAACUCUUUAUACUUCAGAGGAGGACUUGACGAUAUUUAUUAAAUCGGAGCUAUGUUCAUUUAGAACAAAAUUCACCGAUGAUAUAAAAGAAUACAUUUUGAAAGCUGUCAAAGAGAACGCAGUUCAAGGUUUGAGAUUACCCUCUCGCAAAGAUAUUAAGGAGAAAAUGAAACAAUUGCCUAUAGAGAUCAACGAUUUGUACAAAAGCCUUCUUCAGAAAGUCUUAAUAAAUAUCAUUAACCCAAACCCUUUUCUAAUCCAUCAAACAUUAUAUGAUUUUCUGAAAAGUUCAGGUAUAUUGAAAAAAAUAGAGAUAUUAAAUCAAUUUGAACAAUUAGAAAUGCUUUUUGCUAAUAUCUAUAUAUUCUAUCUGGAUUUUGAGGAUAUUAUAGAAUUUAGUCUAUUGACAAUAGAAGAUGAAGAUUCAAUAGAAAACAAAGAGCACUUUCUUUCUUACACCGCAAAUUUCUAA